AUGGAGCGCCGCAACAGCCACGACAGCACGCUCUCCCCGCGCGAGAGCGUCCACGAUGUCUUCGACGACGAGUACGAGGACGACUUCGACGAGGAUGAUUUCAUGGUCUCGGACGGCCUGGGCUUCCGCCAGACACAUGCCAACGCCAACGCCGACGACUCGCCAGACGGCCACCCACAAGACCCCGGCCGCAGCGAGACGCUACAGCGCCAGCACUCGACAUCAAAGGCCCCGGUGAACGACCUGCGACGCACUGCAACGAGGAACAGCACCGCCAAGCUGCGCAAUUCCACGGUCCACGACGACCGCCCCCCAGCGCUGAGCAACCGGCCCCCUCUGACCCAGUCCCCGCUGCAACACCGCGACUCGGUCAGCUCUACCGCCUCGUUCGCUACCACCAGCAUGUCUGAGAACCCCUUCGAGACGGGCCCCAGCCACCCGUAUGGCAUGUAUCCCCAGCACACAAUGGACCGCUCCAACAGCAUCGCAACCGCCUCCACCGAACGGCAGGAUCGGCCCAUGUCGAUACAGCGACCAGCGUAUCCAUACGCCAUGUACUCGCAGAGCGGCCUGGACGAUGAGACACCAGUACAGCCAAUGCAGCCGGCCCGGCCCACAGUACCUCAGAUCCAGACAGCCGUGCCUGUAGGCUUCCCAGGCCUGAACAACGGCUACCGCAGAGUGCUUGGGCCAGAUGGCGAAGAGCAGGACAUCAUUGGUCCAGACGGCCACACCGAGCAGCUUCCGCCCUACUCCAGAUACCCAGACGAGGGUCCCACAAAAGCCUCCAUGGCUGCAGAGGCGAGCGCUUCGCGUAUCCUGCCAGCACCCCAGAACCCUGUCAUGGACUCUGAGGAUCCUUUCAAUGCACCCGUGUCACCAGUGUCGCCCCUCAGCGAAGCAUCCCUCUCGACGCCUGCCUUACCCGCCGCUGCCGCCGCCGCCGAACCCUUGCUGCCUUCCAUUGCACCUGCUCGUCUCCCACCCCAAAGACCGGAGACGCAGACAGGCAAUUUAGCUUCCACCUUCUCACCUAGCACCGUUCCGGCUGCACCAUCUGAAUCGUCCUCAGCAUCGCUGCUAGCAACAGAGUCAGGUGAUGUCGGUGAGAAGUACAACGAAAAGGCAGAUCCAGAGUCUACAAAGACAAGCUGGCGUAAGAAGAGACUAUGGGGAAAGAUUCCGAUGGGAGUUGUCGUUUUGGUUCUUGUGAUUUUGCUCAUCUCUGCUGUUGCUCUUGGAGCGGCCAUUGGCACCUUUGCUGCAAAGAAGCACAACAGCAAUGACAACAAGAGUCCUAACAAACCAGAAAAGGAACCACAACCGCAAGUCACAGGUCCAAGUGGCUCGCUCUUUGGUGCCACACCCAUCCCCACCCCGGUAGGAUUCUCGUCACUUCCAACCGGUGCCUUCUCUCUUCCACUUGGUUUCCCACAGGAAGCCAACCCUGAUUGUCUGGUUCAGGCCAACGAGUACUCGGCGUGGUCAUGCAAGAUGACCUUUGCGCCAAUCAGCAUUACCAUCAACAGCACAGGUUUCGACUCGGACGGGAAUACGCAGCAGAUGGCUUCCCUUCGAGGAGGUGCUCUAGCUCCGGACGGCGUUAUCCAGUAUGGCGCGCAGACUCCUCAACUUGAACUGGAACCUUUGCAACUUGUGCUUGAUCUCGACUACCAGAGCUAUGGUCCUGCGUAUCAUUUCUGGGCCAGAUAUGACAAGCUUGUUGUACUAAGGCAGGAAGAGCUUACAGCUGGCUCAGCCUUGAAGAAGCGUCAAACAACAGAUGACAUGCCAUCUCGUCAACGAUUCACUGUUCAGCCUGGAGACUACCCAUGGUACUGUUACUGGAACCAAACUUACAUCGAAGGUUACAUUUAUGCCGAGAACAACUCCACCGCAGCAUCCUUCACUGCAUUGCCCACCAUCUGGCCAACAAACUCGCCCAGCUCUACCGUCUCAGAUACCGCAACUUUCGCAGCCGCGACGCCAGCGCCAACAGGGACACCAUCGACAUUCUCAACAGCCGCUGCCGAGGCCAUUGCUACGCCAUCUUCUGUUGUACGCCGAGACGCCGCUGCAGACGCAGCAGCCUCUCCGUCACGCAUCCCCCCAUACCCACGCAUUGUCAAAAUCGAAGAACGCCGUCUGUCCGACUCGCCACAGCCAUACUGCCAGCGCAUGGUGCUCCUCGACAACGGAGAUAUUGCGCCCGCGCCAAACGGCAACGAUCCCAUCGUCACACUGUGGCUGCAGGAGCGGGAUCCCAGUUGGGCCGAAUACUUCGCAGCGACUACCGCUACCGCGCAGAACAAGCGCGAUGCAGUGGCGUCAGUCGAGCGCCGUGGUGACCCGUCGGAUUCCUGCCAUUGCCAGUGGAUGUUCAAGUGA